UUUUAUUUCACUUUCGCUUUCACUUUCACUUUCACUUUCUUCUUUCGUCGUCAAACAUCCUCAAUUUUGCAUGACCACGCCUUGGCUACCUCGCACCAUAGAGCUGGCUGUCUCUGCCAUAUCGCUGGCUAGCCUGACAGACAUUGCAUGCUGGAUACCCGAAAUAUCCAGAAACUGGCGGCAAGUGAUACCAGUUUCAGCAUGCUUUCUGACAGAGCACAGUGUGCUUCCUGAAUCGGCCGCCUUGGUGCUUCUUUCCUUAGCAUCGCUUCGCUCUACUCCCAGCUCAGCCAUUGCUCUGGCGCACCUAUUGCAGGCUGUUCAUCUGUAUAUUCUGGCGAGUCCAGUCACGUUUUCGCAGACAAUACUCGUACUCUUUCAUGUCGUCCUGGCACAAAUGCUUGUAGCGCCAGGCCUGUGGGAGCAAAUUGCUGCUGUGGAUUGUAUCCGGUUAUUGUUUCAUUCGCAGCGCCCGAAUAUGUCUUUGCGAUGGAACCGGAUCCAGGUUAGCCGUGAAAAAGGGUGGAAUGCUGUUCGUGCUGCACUGGCUGCCGCCUGGCUGCCGCUUUUCAUACUAUCCGCUAUCGAUGCAUUGGCGCUGAUUGGAAGCCACCACCGCCGCAUGGUACUGGGCCAGGUACUGGGCAAUGCCAAUCCCCAGCUGGGCCAGGUAACAUCGCUUUUGAUACUUUCGCACACCUGUGUACUGCGCAGAUUUGUCGCCUUGCAACUGCGAGGCAUAUACAGCUCACUUCAGACUGCUUUAAACGCUGCUGUGCCCAGCUAUGAGAAUCAUGGCAAUGAGAAGGUGCGCGAAUGGAUCUACAUACACUCGGACCUGUUUAUCGGCCGAGCCGCCUCGUUCGUUGCAUGCAUCCCACGUUGUAUUGCUGAAGUAUACAAUCUAUAUCUUGUUGCCUGCAUCAUCGGCUGGCACGUCGCCAUUCCCGUCUCUGUGACUCUCGUGCACACCAUUGCCUGCAAGGCCAUCGACUGGGCAGUAGGCCACUCUGACUAUAGUCAGAACAAGAAUAAGGCGGUAUUGUCGCGAAUGUCUUUCCUUCUAGACAACUUGACGGAGCUGCGGCGGCAUGGCUGGGGAAAUACGAUGGGCGAUGCUGCUGAGCCAAGGCAGGCCCAGGCCAAAGGGCGCGUAAUAUUCAACAUCCUAUCAUAUGUUAUCGGGUUUAUUGGGAGCGCGGCAGCGCAAAUUACCGCAGCCAUGGCCAUUAUCUCGUGCUUCCAAAUGCAAGCUGACAUCACAUAUAUUGACGUUAUCAUGCUCAUGCCUGCCCUCGAUUCCCUCUCCGACGCGCUGUCCUCUGCUGGUGCUGCACUGGAUAAUGCCACGCAGCUAUAUGCGCAGCUCAUGCAAUACUGCAAGCUCUUUGGCAGCCAGACAUCUGGAAUUACGCGCAUUUCGAAGCGGCCCGAUGGAAUGGCCGUGUAUCUCUACAGGGCGUCGUUUGCGUGGAGUGCCGGCAAAUCGCCUGUGCUGGAAGAGAUUACAUUGGAAAUUCGCCAUGGCAGUAUGACAGCGGUUAUUGGGCGAGUGGGGUCUGGGAAAAGCUCGCUGCUAGCAGCAAUGUCUGGGUCUCUUUUACGCUGCAGUGGCGUGGCCGCAGUAUCGGGUAAUGCAUUCCUGGUAGAUAACGAUCCGUGGAUUCUGGAGGGUACAUUCCGUGAUAAUGUGGUGAUGGAUCAGGCAUUCGACGACUCCAGGUACUGGCGGGUUAUCGAGAGCUGCGCGCUCAGCAGUGUUGUUCGCAACUGGCCGAACGGCGAUAUGGAGAUUGUCGAUCAGUAUAUGCUGUCUACCAGCCAGCGUUCAUUGCUGAGUCUAGCCAGAGCCAUCUAUGCUGGUGCCGAUGUGCUCCUCAUUGACGACAUAUUCUCAUACAUCGACCUGAGGACCCGCGACAAGCUGCUUGGCGGAGUGCUGUCGACUGAUGGCAAUAGGACCCUUGUCGUCGUUUCUAGGUCGAAGCCGAUUGUUUCGUUGGCCAGCAGGGUCGUCCGUGUUGAGAACCAACGUGUGAGCGUAGCCAAGCAAACGCCAAAGCAGUGGAAAACUGACUGUUUACUCAUACCGGAGUACUUUGACGGCUCAAUGUCGCCCAGCGCAGGAAGCACAUUUUCUGACAGCACCGCAUUGGAUGCAACAGUUGCUGCUGGGGGAAGAAACAAAUACCAUUUGCCACAGCCAUCCCUAGAAUGGUGGCAUCUGGCAAAAUACAGUGCCCUGUGCGGAUACUUGUGGAUAGUGGUUACGCUGGCAGUGCAGGGCGUCGGACUAUACACUGCGUUUUACGUCGACGGAUACCGUAAAGAGCUGAUUCUUGGCACGGGCUCGCACCAGGGCGUAUCACGAGCGCUAUAUGACUACCUGGUAUCUGAUGUCAUUGUCAGCAUUAUCCAGCAGCAGCUUGUGGCGUGCGAGUGCUGGAUUCGGCGUGGACUGUGGUCUGAGCAAGCCAAAGAAGCCAUUGCACACAAGCUUAUGAAUGCUGUGCGGUACUCUGAAACCCAGAUCGACUCGGCAUUCCGUGACUGCGCAUGCACACUUUUGACAAAGGGCUGCUACGUUCUAUCAACCGAGCUUCCAGAGCAACUCAGCCAGAGAGCUAUGUUGAUUCUCAGGUCAGCCUAUAUCGCGGCGCAGAUCCUGUACGCACUCCCAGUCCUUGGACUGUUUGGCGUUCCCUUCGUGAUAAGCUAUAUCGGAAUACAGCUAUGGUGGAAGGCAGCUGUGGCUAAGAGAGGGUCAGCUAGCGACCAUGCCGGUGCAGCGGAUGAUCUAGAGGAUCAGAAUGAAACGCCUUCGCCGCUCUGCUCGGUUACUAUGUCCAGUGUUGAUGCACAGCGUGAUUCUAUUGUGGAGCAGGCGGAGAGCAAACGGGAUGACUGCAUUGCUUUUGUUGAAAGUGCAAUCGGCGACAUCUUCGCUACCAUUGCCAAUACCAGCUGGCUGCUGUGGCCAUUCCUUUCUCAGCGGCUCACUGGCAGUGGACAUUUCACACCAGCAGAUGUGGAUAUCUCAAUCCGACUCAGCGAGUUGAUAUCCCUGUUAGGCACCGAGCGGAAGCCGCUGUGGCCGCUGCUGUCUGUGCUUCCAAAAUAUUUCGCCUUCACAUCAAGAGCAGAGCCGCCCGUCGGUGCUAGCUCAGAAGAAAUGCCUCUUGUGGCCGGUGGAAAGGUCGUGCUAGAGUGUCGGAAUAUCGGCUUGCAAUUUUCAGGAUGCUCCGAGCCGCUCUGCUCAAACAUCUCCUUUACUCUCCGCACUGGCGAACAGCUUGCGGUCAUCGGACACAAUGGCCAGGGCAAGUCGAUGCUGUUUCGGUCGCUAUUUCGCCUGCAGUGCCCUGGCUCUGCAUUGGGAUCGGUGGCGAUUAAUGGUGUUGAAGUGUCUACUAUUGCCGACUCGGAGAUCGCUUGUCUGGCCGAAUUUGUCACAGCAGAUUCGGUCAUAUUUGACGCGUCUUUGCGCAAGAACCUGGAUCCACUGGGUAGCUUCACAGAUGCCGAGCUGAGCUCUGCGAUGCAGCGGGCACGGAUUCCAGAAAUCAUGCCUCAGAUGACCCUGAAUACGCAGGUUGCUCGCCCGAGCACCUGCCAGAAGCAGAUAAUCUCGCUCUGCCGGGCCGUGCUCUCCAAGCGGCCGAUUGUUGUGUUCGACCAGCUCACAGCCGGGAUGGAUGCACUGACGCAGAAGGCUGUGCACGCGGUGGUCGUUGGCGAGUUCGCAGACCGGGCAGUAAUCAACAUCACCAACCAGCCCAGCGAGGUUAUGUCCAACAGCUAUGUGGUAGCGGUCCAUUAAAUAUCCUGACUCAUAAGACCAUUCCAUCGGCUUCUGGUCCGAUCGACAUGUGUCACCAACUGGCUCUCUCUUCCCCGAUCCGGGAAGGGCAAUGCUACCCGCGCUCACAAGCACGCUGUGGGCGCUUGCAAAUCACAUGGCUGGAUGCCUCUCGUUGUCGGGCGCGAAAGGGGACCAGGGCGGGCAAAAAAUGGCAAGCAAGUGCACUAGUGACGAAGCAUUCUGA